CGACGCGCCGGCGGCAUGGAUGACGAGCAGUUCCGCGAGGCUGGCCAUCAGCUGCUGGACUUUGCGCUGUCGUACUUCAACGGUCUGAGGAACCAGCCCGUGCUCCCCGACGUGGCACCCGGCUACCUGGCUUCCCUGGUGCCGCCGGAGGCACCCCAGGAGCCCGAGAAGUGGGAGGACAUCUUCAAGGACAUCGAAAGGGUCAUCCUGCCCGGGAUGACUCACUGGCACUCACCCCAUUUCCAUGCCUACUUCCCCACAGGCCAAAGCCCGCCUUCGCUUCUUGCGGACAUGCUCAGCUCAACAUUCGCCAUAGUCGGGUUCACAUGGAUUGCGAGCCCAGCAAACACCGAACUGGAAAUGAUGGUCAUGGAUUGGCUGGGAAAGGCUAUCGAUCUCCCGAGCCACUUCCUCUUCUCCACGCCCGGCAUCAACGGUGGAGGCGUCAUACAAAGCACAGCCAGCGAGUGCACCCUGACGGCGGUUCUCGCCGCAAAGACCAAGCUCACCACUUUCCUGCUGCAGCAGAAUCCGUCGCUCAGGCCCUGCCAAGUGUGGGACAAGCUCGUCGUUUACGCCUCCUGUCAGGCCCACUCGUCGGUGGAGAGGGCCGCCUUGUUGGCCAGCGUGCGCUUUCACGUGCUCAACACGGACGACAAACUGGCAGUGCGGGGACCAACGCUGCGCGCCGUCGUCCAAGAGGACCGCCGCCUGGGCUUCAUUCCGAUGGCGAUGGUCGCUACCUUGGGGACAACCAACUCCUGUGCGUUCGACAACCUCGAAGAGAUAGGAGUUGUCUGUGAGGAAGAAAGCCUGUGGCUUCACGUGGACGCAGCAUACGCGGGAUCCUCGUUUAUAUGCCCAGAAUAUCGACACUACAUGAAAGGAAUCGAGCACGUGUCGUCGUUCAGUAUGAACCCACACAAGUGGCUCCUGGUCAACGUCGACUGCUCCGCAAUGUGGUUUAGGAAAAGAACCGACAUCGAAGAAGCGUUCAAAGUGAACCCGCUGUAUCUGAAGCAUGACAACGAGGGCGGCAAAGUUCCCGAUUACAGGCACUGGACAAUACCUCUGGGCAGGCGAUUCCGCUCCCUAAAGCUGUGGUUCGUGUUCAGAUGCUACGGGAUCAACGGCCUGCAGGCACACAUCCGACAACAAAUUGACCUUGCUAGAGAGUUCGAGCAGCUGGUGAACGAGCACGAGCAUUUUGAAGUUGUGGUUCCAGUCACAAUGGCCUUAGUAUGCUUCAGGUUUAAGGGUUCCAAUGCCGACAAUGAAGACUUGCUGCAGAUACUUCACAAGCGCAGGACUAUUUAUCUGACCCCAACAAAGCUAAGAGGUGUCUUUGUCCUCAGAUUUGCCAUCUGCAGUCGCCUGACUAAAUAUGAAGAUGUUCGCUAUGCAUGGCAUGAGAUAUGUGCUGCCCUACAGACACUAGAACAACAACAAGGAGGGUAA